UAAAAUCUUUACCAGAUAAUGGAAGCAAGCAUCAAAGAUGGCAUCGUCUAUUCUCCCAACCUAGUCUGCGAGAUUCCUGAGUGUUCGCUCUUCACUUUCUUCAAGAACAACAUGGAAGCGUACGGAGCGAAAACGGCACUGGUGGACAGCAACAAACGACUGUCGUUUCUCGACACGCUGUCCUUGUCUGGCCGGUUCGCCGAGGGCUUCAGGUGUCACGGCGUACACACUGGAGACCGUGUGCUUGCGCUGAUCCCAAACACCGCCGACGCCCUGGUGGCCACCUGGGCGCUCAUGUUCAGUGGCGUCACUGUCAUCUUCCCGAACUCCCAGCGAACUGACAAUGAACUUCAACAGCAAGUUGAAGAAAGUGGAGCAACGUAUGCUCUUACAUGUUCUGCACGCCUCAACACAGUACAGAACAUCGACAAACACCAUAAAUUAAAGGCGGUGUUCUUGACAGAUCGGGUAGAAGGCUACGUCUCCCUCCUGGACUUCGUCGGCCUUCCGUGUGCCGAUGUGGAAGCCUUGUCUCCUAGCAACACCAGAGAAGCCACUGCCGCCAUCGGAUACACGUCAGGCUCCACAGGGAGCCCCAAGGGCGUGGUCAUCACGCAUUACAGCUUCAUUGCCAGCAUCUGCACCUUCAGGGCGACGGAGGCCGUGAAUGACAAAGACGUGGCUAUCAUCCCGCGGCACCUGACUCUGAUCAGCUCUCCUCGCACCGCACUAACUUACCUGUGCCUCGGACUCACCACAGUAAUAGGGCAGCCUGAGAAACCUGUGGAAUGGCUCAUCUCCGUCUUCGACCAAUACAAGGUAUCCUUCAUCAUAGCGUCGCCGCAGCUGCUGCAUCAACUAGCUCAUUGCGCCCUUCGGAAUGACGCUCCUGUGCCGUCGCUGCGCAAGGUGGCCUCGAUAGGCUACUGCCUCCAUGCAAGCAUACGUGACGCUGUGCAGCGCGCUUUCACGCUCACCUGGCUGCGGCCGUGCUACGGGCUGACCGAGGCCUGCGGCGUCGUUGCUGGCUUCUUCGAUGGCCAGCUAACCUCCGGCGUUCUAGGCUAUCCAGGGCCUAUGGUGCAGAUGAAGGUCUUAGACCUGGAAUCAAACGAGCCGCUUCCACCUCGACGGCUCGGCGAGAUCGUCGUCAAGCUUCCGUGCGUCAUGAAGUGCUACCUCAACAAGCCGAGGGAAACUGCAGAAGUGCUAGAUAAGGAAGGCUGGCUUCGAACCGGAGAUCUUGGCUACUACGACGAACGCGGUCAGUUCUACCUGGUGGAGCGGCUGAAGAACUUGGUGAAGUGCGGCGGCACACACGUCGCCACGACGGAACUGGAAGAAGCACUCCUCGACUUCUCUGGAGUACUCGACGCAGCCGUGGUUGGUCGGCCGCACGCAGUUUACGGCGAGUCACCUGUGGCCGCGGUUGUGCUCAAGAACUCUGCCGACGCUACCGCCGAAGAAGCUCGGCGACUGCAGGAGAUAAUAGCCGCGAGGUUCCCGGAACACAUGCAUCUGCGCGGCGGUGUUAUAUUCCUUGCCCAGAUGCCCCGCACUAGCAACGGAAAGAUAGACAAGCCGCUUCUCCGUGAAAUGUGCGCCACUACCUCCACGGAAUACAAGACGGACUGGCCUGUGCUUUCAUUGCGCACAAAUGAGAACGAAUGAGACUUGACCAGUGCAUUGUUCGUGGACGGAACGAAGCCUUGUGUGACUAUUUUCAUGCCAUGUAUUUACCCGGGCAACGUAGGGCUCCACAACCACAGAAUUGAUAUGCUGAUAUGACAUAUUGGCGAACGAAUAUACUAUAGUCGGAUACAACUUCAGAAGUCCACGGCAUUUCCUCCUCAGAGGCGGAUGCGCACACGCCUGCACCAAUGGGCGCGCACUCCAUACUGACGUCAUGAGCCGGAUGGCCUGUGGCCCCGCCUUCAGAGAACAUUGCCGGUGGCACGAGCCACCGCGGCCACGGCCGUGCACGAGCGCGUCUAUUUCUUUAGUCGCGGAGGCGAUUGGCUGCAGCGCUUCGGUCAUCUGGGCGGGGCCUAGCUCUCCGGACUUCUUAAGUUGUAUCGUACUAUAGUUUACAGUCAGAUGCGUCAAUAACGGGGGAGAAGGAGGCACGGGGGCCGCCCGGGUCGGGAUCGGGCUUGAAGCCACGGGCCCGGGUCGGACUCGGGCCCCUUUAUUGAACAGGUUCAAAUGGAGUAUUCGAUAACACAGGAACUUAAUGCAUUGCAUGGUCCAAGGCAUUCUGUGCCAAGCUGAUGCGACUCGUGC